AUGCAAGUUUCCAUCAUUUUCUUCACUCUUUUCUCGAUCGCCCAAGGUUUCCUGUUCGGCGGAUUCGGUUGCGGCGGUUGCGGAGGCGGCUGCGGAUCUCUAUGGUUAGUAUACAUCUUUUUUCUUACAAAUUAACAGGAACAAUCUUUGAUAAUAUUUAUUAACGUGGAGAAUAUCAUGAAAUAUUGAAAUUUCAGCCUUCCACCACCACCACCACCGUGCGGAGGCGGCUGCGGCGGAGGUUUUGGUGAGUUUCAAAGAAUUUGGCUCAAGUUGAAGAUUUCUAAAGUGAUUUUCAAUUAUCUUCGAAAUUUUCGGUCUUUGGAACAUAGGCAAAGUCGGAAAGGGUGGGAAAAAGCUAAAAAUUUUCCGUUUAGAGUGACAAAGGCUUCUUUUUUGCUACCUUUUCGCACCAUUUCAUCGGCUGUUUUGCACCAGUUCUGCUGCCUCUCCCCUUUUUAAAAAGUCCUUGCUAGAUUUUUCGAUGUUCUUAUUCAAUUCGAUGGAAGGGAUUUAUUACCUAGUGGAUGGAAGAUGCACUGAAUGAAAAGGAGAGAAAUGAAGAAAAAUAUAUGAUUUGAAACGUAUGUAGGCGGGUUUCUAGACACUUGAUAUGAUAUGAUAAAAAUGACUGAAAGGUGUUUUUAGAGAUUUAAAUGUGUUAGAAUCGAGGGUUUAGGGAUUUCUAGAUUUUCAAACUGGUUCAAAGUAAGGAGAAGCACUGUUUCUAACCCUGUUUGUAAGUUUCUCCAAAGGCAAAGUCGGAAAGGGUGGAAAAGGCUCCAAAGAAAAGUUCCCUUUUUGCUGCCUUUUUGCGCCAUUUUCUCGGCCCUUAUGCACCAAUUUUGCUCACUCUCCCUUUUCAACCAUUUAUUGAACCUUUAAAAUUCCGAAAAAUGAAAAGCUCGAUAAAGGGACUCAUUUUGCUGCAUUUAUGCGGCCUUUUUCGAGCCUUUUAGCGGCCAUUAUCCACCAUUCGCCGGAUAAUAUUAAAAAAAUUACAUGAUGAACUUUAAAUAACUUGAAAACCGGCUGUUUCUAAAAAAACCCGAGAAUGAUUGGAAUGAAAAAAAUUUUACGGUUAAUACAAAUAAAUUAUUGAAUCGGGUUUCUGUAACAACUAAUUUUUAUUAAAUUUACAAAAUUUCGAGUCUCAUAUUUUGAUGAUUCCAGAUAUAUUUUUUUUCAAAAAUAUUCAAAGAACUUGAGAAAUUUUAACAUAAAUUCGCUGUAAAAAUGUGUUCUUUAUAGGUCGCGCUACCGAAAAAUGUCUCUAAUUGGCUGGACACGCCCUUUUUUGCAUCCCUGAGAAGUUAUUAAAAACAAUAUCAAUGAAAUUGCCAUCAGAAAUCAAGAUUUUUCAUGAAUUUCAAGUAGAAUCCUUCAAAAAUCGUCAAAAUUUUCAGCCCUACCACCACCCCCGUGCGGCGGAGGCUGUGGAGGAGGUUACGGUAAGCUUUUUCUUUUAAAAAUAUUCAAAAAUCGUCUUUAUUUAAAUUUUCCAGCCCCGCCACCUCCACCAAUGUACGGACCACCGAUGGGUGGCGGCUACGCGGUCGCCCCGUCUUACGGUGGCGGUUACGGUGGAUUCCCACCAGCGCCAGUCAACUACGGUGGCGGCUACGGUGGCUACGCUCUGGCUGGCAAGAAAUGA